CUCACUUGGCCUUUUUUCGGUCAGUGUCUGAAAUCUGUCAGAUCAGCGGAGCCUACAUUCCCUUAAUACCAACUAAUAUUUCACUGUAGUUUCUUGCCCUAGUGAAAGCUAGAGGCUUAAAUCUAACUGCAGGUGUCAUCCGGUUUGGAUUCUUACUUUCAUUUGUUUGUGGCCGAAGGAAACAGCCAAGAAUGACGAGCAGUUUAAAGCGGAAAGAAGAAAGUCAUCUGCUGAAUGGGGGUGUAAAACAGUCCACAUGGAGCAAAGCCUUCAACAGUAAUGCUGUUUGGGAAGAGAAGGACGAGUUUUUAGAUGUGAUUUACUGGCUUCGGCAAAUAAUCGCAGUAAUCCUUGGCGUGAUAUGGGGUGUCGCGCCGUUGAAAGGUUUCCUGGGAAUAGCCAUAUUCUGCAUCAUCAAUGCCGGGGUCCUGUACGUAUACUUCAGCAGCUUUCAGCAGAUUGAUGAGGAGGAGUAUGGUGGAACGUGGGAACUCACCAAAGAAGGUUUCAUGACGUCUUUUGCUCUGUUUCUGGUGGUGUGGAUAAUCUUUUACACAGCUCUACAUUUUGACUGAGAGGAAUCCAUGGGACACUAAAUACAAACAUUUCUGUUGAAGUAAAUUGUCAAGACAAGAGGAACUCCAUGACUUGAGGGGUGUAAACACUCCUACAUUCAGUAUGACUUUUCAGUCAGUGCAGUGUAUCAUGGGAAUCCUAGUUUGAUUCACAAGAUCCUGCAACACGACCGUGACGAACGUGUUGAAAUGCUGUACAUCUCUCAAAUGUGGGGGUUCCUUUCAAGGCAACCCUCCAUUACACUUCCCAUAAAUGUUUUAUUUCCUUCAUUACUGGCUUGUCAUCACCUCUGUUAAAAAAAACAAAAAAAAACACUAACAUUUUAAGAAAACUAAUAAAAUCAGAUGAGAUUAGUUGCAGUUCUACGGAUUUUAAUCUGAGGAGGGAUUUGGUAUUUGUUGGAUCCUUCUUUUUAGAGGAGUGACAGAUUUUAGACUGCAAAAAUAAAAAAAACACCUACUUAAAUGAAUCAAUCAGGUCAAUCUGUGUUACAAAGAUGCCUUUUAGUGCCGGGACAAAAAAAAAGCAUCCUAGUGGAUUUAAAGAACUACUAGAGGAUUUAGUUUGUGCCAACUUUUAAAUAAUUGGUCUUAGAUUUCACUCUAAAAUAACUUAUUUGACUUAAGAAAAUAAUCAGAGUUUAAAAAUAAUAACUGUAAAGCACAUGGUCAGAUCUAUUAGGGUAACCAGCUACAUUAUGUGAUGUUAAGGGUUGAGUUGUCCUUGUUCUUACUUUUUUUGCUCAUAGGAUAUGAACACAGCAUUUUGAUAUAAAAUCUGUGAGCAGUUACUUCUUCUAAAGCGUAUGAGCCCAACAAAUAUGAAACAUGCUGCAGCUUACCACGGCUUAAAUCUCACUUGAGCCAAUUUUAACACCAUAUAACAAAAAUGAUAGCGGUAAGGUACACAUAUCAGCUGAUCUCCCAAUGCAAGUGUCUGUCAGUAGUUUCACAGAACGUUACUUCAGUCAGAAACUUAAGUUAUGUCAAUCCAAAAAGUUUCCUCGAGAGCAAAGACGGAGGAAACAUGCAUGCCAUUUUCAGAUGCAAAUGUUCACAGAUGGAAGCUAAACAACAAUCUGUGCACGGCCAUGACUUGCUGUUGGUACAUUUAGAUGUCUUUUACUGAUGCCGUUAGUUAGGAGGGUAGAAUUAAUUUAAAUGUAUUAUUUGUUUCUCACAUGUAGCUUCCAGAUCAAAGUCUUACCUGUUGUUUUUUUUUUAAAUUAAUUUAAACUCGUCUGUAAAUUUUGUACAACGUCCUUUUCGUCAAAUCCACCUUGUGUUACGCAGAUUUAUUUGUGUGUGUGUGUUAUAUCUUGUUUGAUGUAACAUAUCUCUCAGUAUUUUAUAGGGAACUUUAAAAAGCCAGUUCUCAAAAAGUUCUUGCAAUGAUACUGUCAUGUUAGAUACACAGCUGGUGUUUGAAAGGAUUGUAUUUUAUGAUCAAAUUUUUUGGGAAUCAUUAAAACAUGGGCUUUAUUUGGCCUCCAUUUUCAAACAGA